AUGGCGAUCUUUCCCAAAACAGCUAACAAGAUGCAGCCCCUGCAGACGACGGGGCCGAUGCUGAUGCCGCAGAUGCAGCAGUCACCGGCAAUGCAGCAGACACCGCCGACAAAGAAGGCCUUCUCCAGACCGUUUUUCAAGGAGGACCUCCAAGCAGACCGCUACAAGACGUCGCACGAGUUCUGCUUGGACACCGGUCUUCUGAAUGGGUUCUGUCGUCGUGGACGACGCCGAUUGCAAGAGAUCGAAGAAGCCACGAAUGCCACCGUGAAGCUUGACCGUGGCCGUGGCGUGUUGAAGGCUUUUGGCACCAUAGAAGCCAUCCAGCAAGUGCAGCAGCAGCUGGAAAGCAUGAUGGGCCCUCGCAAAGAGAUCUCCCGUGCCGCCUGGGCAGAGCUUAUGCGCACGAGGACGGGGCAAGAAGAUGGAGUAGCCUUGCAGCGGAUACAGAACCAAAGCGGCUGUCGCUUGCACAUCGAGCGAUCCAGGUCUGAAGUGAGGUUGUUCGGCUCCAAAGAAGCCGCUGCAGUGGCCGACCGGCUUCUGGACGACUUUCAAAAAAUGUGCAUGGAGCGCCUCGUCCCGUGCCCCAAGAGCAGCAACCUCGACUUGGACCGCCUCAACGAGAUGGCGCAGGUCCUUUGCGUCACCUUUCGGCUGGAAGAAGAGCUGAUCUUCAUCCUUGGGUUGGAAGACGUGGUAGUCGCAGCAGCGCAGGAGUUGGGCAAGUACCUCUCCAACCCCGAAGCUUACAGAGCGCCAGAAGCAACGGAUGCAUGUGCGAAAAUCUCCUCGAAGGUUUCUAUGCUUUGCAACCUGGAUGCCAGCCCGGGGACGACUACCGCAUCGGGUGAGGUCUUCGAGAGUGGCAGUGAGCUGGGGGCAGCCGAUUGGAGUCCUUCGCAGGGGCAGCAGCAAGCAAACUCUCCCGGCUUCGGUGUCUUGUCCUCUACUCCUACAUGCAUGGCAUCGCCAUCAUCGUCCUACGGCAGCCCGGGAGGCAUGCAGCAGCCCCUGAUGCCACAGGGGAUGUGUGGCGAUCCGGAUGGGCACCACUGUAAUCACUGCGGAGCGCCGCGUUUCUGUGGCCACUGUGGGAACCAAAUCUGGACGAUACAGCAGCCAGGUGCAGCUCCUUUGAUGCUGACACCGGCAACUCCUCAAGUGAUGUCAAUGGAGCAGAUGCAGAUGAAGCAGCACUUCGCGCAGCUCCAGCCCAACUAUUUCCAGGCCAAAUUUUCACGGCAAACAGGGCAAGAUGGUGGCUUGGAUGUCCAUGUCCCCGACCUCCGUGCGACGCCAGUGUGGAAGACAGCCGCGAGCCAAAAGAACUCCCCGAAGGAGGAGAGCCGCGCUCCACCACGGCCUCCCUUGCGCGACUUCUCCGUGUCCAUGCCGCGGCUCUCGCUGUCGGACGUAGAUUUGAACCUGUUGCCGCAGCAAGUGAAGGCUGCCCUUGACUUCCUUGUUCUUCUGAACCCAUGCGAUAUUGUCACCGAUGCUUUGGCUGCUCAGCAGCCAACCUUGCUUCCUCCGCAGCAGGAGGCCCAUCGCGGCAGGCGGACGCUGGUUCUGGACCUGGAUGAGACUCUGGUGCAUUGCCACUGCCAGGCAGUUCCAAGCUUAGGGAGUGCCGACUUGGACCUGGAGCUCGAGUCCGGUGAGCCUAAGGUCGUGAUGAAGGCCAAGGUGUACGUGCUCAACUCAGUUCCGAUGCUCCUGACAGAGUGUCGUUGCACGGGGAUGUGA